UAUCAAAACAUUCCAUUCUGUGACAUUGUUUGGACUAGCAUGUGGGCUACAAGUAAUAGGCUAAUCAAUCAAAUGUGAAUUUGUAUGGAUUUAUCAAAGCACUCUUUAUUUGUAGGCAACUAGUGUGCAGCUACGAGUGGAACUACGACCAAACCAGUACGCCAAACGUUUGAUCACUACCAGAAGAGGAAGUCACCAUGGCAUGGCAUUGAUGUCCAUGUUCUCCUCUAAGGACCAUGGGUCGUGCUAGUGUCAGAUGAACAUCGUGGAUACUUUCUCAGCAUGGCGAAGGAAUACGAUGUGCUGCUACGGCUAAUGCUGCUUGGAGACUCCGGAGUCGGAAAAACUUGUUUGUUGUGGAGGUUCACAGACGGCGACUUCCACCCAUCACACAUCUCCACUAUCGGAAUCGAUUUCAAGAUGAAAACACUAGAUAUAGAUGGCACCCGAGUCCGAGUGCAGAUAUGGGAUACAGCAGGCCAGGAGAGGUACCAGACUGUCACCAAACAGUACUACAGGCGUGCACAGGGGAUCCUCCUGGUGUAUGAUGUCACAAAUGAACACUCCUUUCAACACAUUGUCAAAUGGGCCAGCGAUGUUGAUGAGUGUGCACCCGAGCAGGUGAUGAGGAUCCUGGUGGGGAAUAAGUGUGAUGAGGAAGAGAGGAGAAGAGUCACCACUGAACAAGGGGAUAAGUUAGCAAAAUCAUAUGGAAUGGACUUCUUUGAGACGAGUGCCUUCAGCAACCACAACAUCAAGGAGUCUUUCUCACGACUCACAGAGAUGGCGCUGCAUGCUAACCGGAAGAAACUGGACGGUCUGUGGUUGUCCAUUAAUGAUGACCUCAGCACUGAAGAUCUACUGCAGGAGGAAGCCGACCAGAAGGUGGAGGAGAACCCCGAGAGGACAUGUGUGUGUUAGACACGAAGCAGCAGCCUCUGAACUCUGACCUCUGACAUCUGACCUUCCCGUACGCAAGGCCGUUCGGUCUGGGAGAAUCAACUACAUCAGUUCAGUGUGGGAGAAUGAUGACUGAACUAAUUCAUCUCUAUAGAAUUGUUCAGCUCCACAGUGAUGAGUGAUUUUAUCCAGGCAAAUCAUCAAGAGUAAACGCAUAAACCAGUAUGACAAUAAACUCCGAGACAAAAAGUUUGGAAAUUUGUGUUUGUUGUGCACAAAUUUCCAAACUUUUCCAAGUUUAUGUCAAGAUGGACCAUCCAUGUUAAAAAGAUCACAGACCGCUCUACCUGUUAUGGCGCAGGUACAACAGUAGGGGGCAGUAGCCCGCAUUUUCUUUAUGCCUGCAGCUGGUAAAUGUGUUGUUCUCUGUAGUACCCCUCUUAAAUAUAUACCCCCCACCCCUCACCCCCCAUCAUAUGUGUGACCUGCCUACUGCAGGGAUGAGGGCAGGGUGUUCAGAACAGUUUGAAAAGACAGGCCAGGUGUGUCACGCUCAUGUUUGUGUCACCUAUCAGAAACACCUGCCCUGAACGUCACGGCCACUGCGGAUGUGGGACUGUCUUGUGGACACACAUAUUUAUGAAUGUCGUUCCGGUGAAUUCCAUUGUGUUUUUAUUUGUGUUGUGAGACUGGCUGUCUGUUACAGGGCCUCGUCAGGUCCAGGGGUGCCAGUCAUCACACUCAGACUCAUUAUUGUGUACAUGUUGUGUUUGUUUACCAUGGGAAUAAAAACUAAAUAUGUUUUCAAGAAA